UGUGUCGUUUCGAUUCCGGUUAAUGUUGUAGCAAUGUUCGUUGCUUUUGGUACGUUUCGAUUUGGAUAGCAUUGUUAUCAUACCAGUCUGCAUUGUUAAUGCACAUGUACAUACGUAUACGCAUAGACGUUUUGCUAUUAUGCAGCAUAAAUUAAUUAUUUACACGUGAGACGGCACGCAUAAAUGGUUGCGUUCAUGUACAGCAGCGAAUGUAAGGUGAUGAAAGCAUGAAACGAACUGGUACACGUUGAUAAACCGCGAGUGUAUUUUAUUUUAUGGCAGGUAGUAUCCGAAUGUGGUACUUUUAUGUAUGAAUUGUAUACAUACACUAUGUACUACCCCGGUACUCAUUUACUUACAUACGUUCAUGAUACCUGAUGUCUGUUGUACUGCGACUGCUUCGGCUUUUAGUUAGUUACCGAACAGGUCGUAACGGAACGUGUGUUUGGUUAUUAUGUGUAGCGUGUUAUGAUAGUCGGAGUGAUAACGCCGCGCCGGUAGCACGAUCGUUUUGUCAUCAGCUAUUAGUGUGUGAAUUGAUAGUAUUGUAUCUUCCUGUCAUUAUCGGAUGAAGAUUUAUUUCGGUAAAAUAUUAUGUAUAUGGAUACGUGUCUGUCCACGUACUUAUGCACAUAGAGAUGGAAAUAUUGCGAAAAUCGUCAAAAACUGCUGAACCUGUAAUAAUAAUUAUUAAAAACAAUUGAAAUAUCGUUCAUUUGCAAGUGAUUAGUUUUUGGAUUCGGUUUUUCGGAAGGACGUAACUUACAACAAGAUGCGUUUUUUUAACAAGAAAUACGUCGAAAAGGGUGAUUACAUCCGACAUCCGGUUUUGUACGAGUUGUCGCACAAGUACGGUUUGCAGACGGAAAACCUUCCGGACUCCUUACUUCCUUGCAAGCUCGAAGAAUUAAAGGAGGUGAUUAGACGUGAAAUCCGGAAGGAAUUGAAAAUAAAAGAGGGAGCAGAAAAAUUGCGCGAAGUGGCUACGGACCGGAAGUCCUUAAGCCACGUAGCCACGAUAGUCAAAAAUGCAAACUCGAAACUCGCGGAACUCAAAAAUGAACUCAGCGAACUCGAGUCGCAGAUCAUUUUGUCGCAGGGACAGAGCACACCCUCUACACCCCCUACCAAUGGUGAUACCCUUGUUCCGUCACCAUUAUCGACCCAUCAGAGGAAUCGAGAUGGUGUCUCUCUUGAUCCACGCAUCGAAAACUUAGAGAAACAAUUGAACAUAGAGUUAAAGGUGAAAGAGGGUGCAGAAAAUAUGAUAAGGAGUAUAACAGGGGGGCCGCAUUCUCGCGACAAAAAACUUCUUGCCGAAGCUCAACAAAUGCUCCAAGACUCAAAGGUCAAGAUCGAGUAUCUCAGAAUGAGGAUUCUGAAGAUGAGGAAUAAUUUGAAUAGCAGACAUCACCAGCACGGUUCAAACCACGACCUGUCGUUAAAUGGUGAAGUGACAACAACCAGCGAACUUGAGCAAUCUCUGGAAGAAAGAAUCGAAGAACUAAGACAUAGACUGAGAAUCGAGGCAGCUGUUGUCGAAGGUGCGAAGAAUGCCAUUCGACUCUUACAGUAUGGCAGCAAGGAUAAAACGGAAAAGAGGGCCCUGUCCGAGGCUCAGUCCAGUUUGUCAGCAAGUAGCAAAAAAUUGGACCUGCUGAGGAAAUCUUUAGAGCUUCGUAGGCAAGAAUUACCCGCGGAGAGUCCUGCCGCUAUUCAGUUAAAGCACGAAUUGCAGAACGUGCAAGCGGCCAGUCCAGUUCCGGUGCAGUAUACUAGCUUGCAGCCCUUUAGGGAACCCCCGGACGGAAACAAAAUAUUGCACUCUUCCUUCUCGUCGUUUGGCAGAUGUGCAGCAGUAACAGGGAUUCUGGAGGUGAGAUUGAUGGGAUGUCAGGAUUUGUUGGAGGAUGUGCCAGGAAGGUCCAGGCGCGAUAAAGAUGUUACGUCAAGCCCAUCGGACUUACGGUCAUUUGUUAAGGGAGUGACUGGUCGCAGCUCAUCGAAAAGCUAUAAUGUGAAAGAUGAAAUAAGUAAUGAAAUAAUGGCUGUAAUAAAACUGGACAAUCAAACUGUUGCUCAAACGAAUUGGAGACUUUGCUCUCAACAAGCAUGGGAUCAAAGAUUUUCAAUAGAACUAGAUAAAUCUAGAGAACUAGAAAUAGGCAUUUACUGGAGAGAUUGGCGAUCUUUAUGCGCUGUGAAAUUCUUACGUUUGGAGGAGUUCAUUGACGAUGUUCGUCAUGGAAUGGCGUUACAAUUAGAGCCUCAAGGGUUACUCUUUGCGGAGAUUCGGUUUCUGAACCCGAUGAUCUCUAGAAGACCCAAACUUCAGAGACAAAGAAAAAUAUUUAAGCAGGAAGUGAAAAAUUUUCCAAGAGCAACCCAAAUGAACAUAAAUGUUGCCACCUGGGGUCGGCUGUUGAAAAGGUCGUCUCCGGGAAUUCAACAGAGUCGCGUAGUCCCUCCGCCAAGUCCACCCGAACCACAGGUUCAGGAUGAAGUUCAAGAAGAAGAUAAACCGGAAACUCCAGGUGAAAUUCCAGAUCCUCAGGUGGGAGGUUUGGGAGGUCAAAGACCUCUGGAUUUAGGUGUUUCUGCCUUGCCUCCAGAAACACCUCCUCCUUUGCCCCCUGCACCGCCACCUGUUGCUAAAAAGAAGGCUCCUAUAACUCCUCCACCUCUUCCGCCCCGUUUGGACUUGGAUGAGAGCGCUGCACUGAGAGAAUUCGAUUUUUUGAAUGUCGAAGAGCGUGAGGUAGUACGCGUUGGGCCACUCUUUUUGCCUUCCGUACCUACAACCCCUGACACAUCACCCCUCGAGCCACUGGCGCCCCCCAGUCCUGAACCUUUGGUCGAAUUUCCUGAGGACGAGGUUCUUUACGACCCAGCUAAUGUUGUACGUCGUCCAGCAGCUCGCGAACUAAGUUACAGGGACAGCGCGUAUGAGUCCAGACGUCAUUCUCAGUAUAGUGGAAUGACUAUUGAAAAUUUCAAAUUAAUCAGCGUUUUGGGACGAGGUCAUUUUGGUAAAGUGAUUCUUUCUCAGUACCGCAAUACAGGUGAAUAUUUCGCAAUCAAGGCUCUCAAGAAGGGAGACAUAAUAGCUCGAGACGAAGUCGAGUCUUUACUUUCGGAGAAACGCAUUUUCGAAGUUGCCAAUUCGAUUCGUCACCCCUUUUUGGUUAAUCUAUUUGCUUGUUUUCAAACUGAUGGCCAUGUUUGUUUUGUUAUGGAAUAUGCGGCUGGUGGGGAUUUGAUGAUGCAUAUUCACGCAGACGUCUUCACUGAGCCCAGGGCGGUUUUUUAUGCUGCUUGCGUUGUUCUGGGCCUCCAGUUUUUGCAUGAAAACAAAAUUAUUUACAGAGACUUGAAGCUAGACAAUCUAUUGUUAGAUACUGAGGGUUAUGUGAAGAUUGCAGAUUUUGGUUUAUGUAAAGAAGGAAUGGGUUUUGGGGAUAGAACAGGAACCUUUUGCGGAACUCCUGAAUUUUUGGCCCCUGAAGUUCUCACUGAGACUUCCUAUACAAGGGCAGUAGACUGGUGGGGACUAGGAGUUCUGAUAUUUGAGAUGCUUGUUGGAGAGUCUCCAUUCCCUGGUGAUGAUGAAGAGGAAGUUUUUGACUCAAUUGUAAACGAUGAAGUUCGUUAUCCUCGAUUUUUAUCAUUGGAAUCCAUUGCUAUUAUGAGAAGGCUAUUAAGAAAAAAUCCAGAAAGAAGACUGGGUUCGAGUGAAAGAGAUGCCGAAGACGUGAAGAAACAGACAUUUUUCAGACACAUAGGGUGGGAAGAUCUGCUUCAUCGUAAAGUCAAACCACCAUUCAUACCGACAGUGAAUCACUUAGAGGAUGUAAGUAAUUUCGAUGAAGAAUUUACUUCAGAAAAACCUCAGCUGACUCCUCCAAAAGAUCCUAGGCUUUUAACUGAACAAGAACAAGCUUUCUUCAGAGAGUUUACAUAUAUGGCAGAUUGGUGCUGACACUCGGCAACGGUCACAUUGUCUGUUGUUUAAUAUUGCUUGCAGUAAAAUUUCGUUUUGCUGAGAUAGUAAUUAUAGAACAAUAAAAGUUACAAGUCCGCUCAUACGUUGUUACAGCAAUAUUUUUUUGAGCAUCUGUUUUCAUUAAGUUCUAUAUUAAUUGCCAUUUAAGUUUCAGUUUGUUUGUAUUUUAUUACAAUUAUUAUUAUUAUUAUUANUAUUAGUAUUAAUAUUUUUCAUGAGUAUACAAAUAGUAGCUAUAGGGAUAAACAUUGCUAAGAAUUAGAAAAUGGAAUUAUAUUAUUUGUAAAGUACUUUUAGUUGUCUAUUUGACAAAGUUUAAUUAGGCAGCUGUUAUUUAUACUGUCAGUUUUAAGCAACUUUUAAUGUGUAUAUAGUUAUGAAUGUCUUGAGCAUGGCAUGUACGAUAUGCAUUUUUCUAUCAAUAUUUUCCAGUAAUUUUUCAUUAAAUAAUAUACUGAGUAGGUAGAAAAUAUAUUAAAGUGCCUAGUUAUACUAAAAAUAUUAUGUUACAUCAUAUUACAAGAGAGUGUACAGACGCGCUAAUAUUGCCCAUAUUUUUUGAUGCUUUAAAAAAAUUAAUACAAUAAAUGAAAUAAUGUAAUUUCACAUAAAAAUACUGACAAUUUUGACGAUUUAUUCUG